GAAGUAGCGGUGCCUGAGCCUGGCUGAGAGAGUGGCCAGAGUUGCCCGCAGUCACUGUUUACAGCGCGAGCAAACGUCUCCAACUGCGGGCUGCUGGUCCAUCAUUUCGCUUUUGCUUGUCGGACAUUGAAACUACUAUCACAAGCGGUGUGUUGGAAACCAACCGUUAAUAUGAGCAACAAGCAUUCAACUUCGCCAGAAAAGCGCUGAUCUCUGUGCUGUAGUAGCAAUGCGGUGUACUGAGGGCGAGGCAGACACGCUAACGUUACCUGGAGCUUUAUGAGAAAGAGGAUGCACUGUUUGCCUCUGGUUCUUUAUCUAAUUUUGCUGCUUGAUUCUGGUGAGUAAACCAAGUUCACUCAGAGUAAUUGAUUCAAUUUUACUGAAAGUUUUAAUUUGUUGAAUACCUCAGAUACCAUUCUCCUCAACACACUCACAUGACGUUACUGUUAUCAAAGCUAAAGCGUCAUCAAAGUGCCCUGUCAGGUGUGUCUCUGUACCUUGUGCUUUCUUUGUAGCCUGAGUCAGACUGCAUCACGUCUUAACUUGUUCACUCAGUGCUCAGUUCCCUUCCUGCUCCGGUCAAUGUUUCUGUCAACUCUGUCAACUUCCACCAUGUCCUGCGUUGGGAUCCUGGGCCCGGCACCCCUCCGGGAACACAGUACAAGAUCUUCAGCAGGAGAAAAUCAUCAGACUGUGUUCUCACUCGAUCUCCAGUGUUUCCCAGGGCUGGGUGUCAAACCUCAACAAUUUUGGUGCUGACAGGGCCAUGAUAUACGGGGGGAAACCGAAACUACUAAACGUAACGAAGACAUCAUCAAUUAAGGUGAAGCUUGACAACAACAUUAAGUAUUACCUGACUGUCAAGGCGUCCUACAACCAAACCCUGUCUCCAGAGUCCUCCAAAGUCAUCUUCACACCUUUCAAAGACACCAAAAUAGGUUCUCCAAAACUCUCACUGGCUGGAUGCGGCAAAUGCAUUCAAAUCAACAUUUCACUGCCUGAGGCUGACAGGAGCUCAAGAAUCGAUGAUAUCCAGAAAUUCUACAAUGCUCAUUUCAAAGUCUCGUGGAAGAAACGUGAAGAAGCAGUUGUAUCCUGCGAAACACAAAACAAGAGUUAUACUCUUAACAACUUAGAGGAUGGUAUGGAGUACUGUGUGCAGGUGCACACAAAGAUUUAUCUGAACAAAAACACUGAGCCAUCCACUUGGAAUUGCAUCUUCACUAGCAUUGUGGAACCUAGCAGAGGCCCUCAUGUUUUAGGUGCAGUUGCUGCUCUUCUGUUUUUAAUUGUCAGCGUCCUGAUGACCACCGUGUUCUGCCUCUACUACACUGGAUUCCUUUGUAAACUGAUGUCAACUCUGCCCAGAUCCCUAACUGUGUCUCUGAGCCAAGGCUACACCCUGACACCAGAAAGGACAAUCCAUGACCAGAUUUCCAUUAGCUCAGAGAUGGAGAAACAGAGGACGCACAACAAUCCCACAACGCCACAACCUGCCACCAGGGGCGCUAACUCGGAUGAGGAGGAUGAAGAGGAGGAAGAGGAAGGGACAAACAUCUACAUGGACAGAGACGCAGAGCUUUCUUCAGGUUCCUGCUGGGACUCCGGUGGUGUGUCUAGGAACAGCACGGCGGGUGCGUCUGGGGGUUUGACAGUGGAGGCAGAGGUACCGGACACAAAGUUUGAGGUUGAGGUCACACAUGGGGGGCUUGAUCGAGAUGAGGCCAAUGCUGAAGGAGCAGAGGUUUCUUUCAUGCCUGAGGGGGGUCAAUCUGGAGUCCAGAGACAUGUCAUAGAUGAGGAGGAGAAGGAAGAGGUUUGUGACAGCUCAGGCAAUGUCGAUCUGUUCUCAGUCACCGUCGCGGCACUGGCUGUAUGUGACGAAGAGGAGAAGGAAGGGCAGAAUACAAGAGACUCUCUCACAGAACUGUCCAAUCUGGAGCCUCUACUGCCCACAGACUCAAAACAGACUCUGAGCCACACAGACUCACAAACUGAGUCAGAUGAUCAGAUGCUACCUACACAAGAAGACUUUACUGCGAUGACUGGUAUUACUGGGUAUGAAGGCAGACGGACAGACACUUUGUCUGGCCUCAAAACUUGUGAUGUUGAGACACAGGAGGAGGAGGAGGAGGAGGAAUUCUCCGGAUAUAUAGGACACACAUGAUGUUGCUCUGACAUGUUAUUUUAUGUGUAUGAGUAUCAUUGAAUUUUUAUUGAACUGAAAUAUUUAAAAGUAGUUAGGGAGGUUGUUGUUUCUACUGGUCUAUUUCCCUGUUCUUAAGGAAAGGCAAGGCCACAACACAUUUCCCCUGCAGCUACAAGCCCAUUGUAGCCACAUGCAUUUAGAAAGUUUUUGUUCAGUUCAAUCUUAUUUAUAUAGCACCAAUUCAUAACAGAAGUUAUCUCAUUGCACUUUUCCUAUAGAGCAGCUCUAGACCAAACUCUUUAUAAUAUUAUUUACAGAGACCCAACAAAUCCCACCAUGAGCAAGCACUUGGCUCAGUUAUUUACAAAGAAACUGUAUUUCAAGACCAGUACAUUUUUGACCAAAUAUGCCAGUACAGCGCCAGAAAAGUUAAUAAGUAAGUAAAUGUUUAUCUGCAUCAACUUAUUUUUGGUACACAUUUCCAAGACAAGAAAGAUCAAAGAGUCAACAAACAGCAUUUUGAAAAUGUGUGAAAAAAUUCUGAGAUGCCUCAAUAUUAAUCUUUGGCUGUAUUCACUUACAAGUCCUGACUGUAGGUGACGAGCCCACGGCUCUUGCUAAUCUUCAGUCCUCAUUGUUUUGUUUACUUCUGCAAGUUGCCCUGACUGACAGCAUGCUAUAUUUGCAUGCCCAUUUACCUAAUAUGAAGUAAAACCAGCAAGAUCAUGCCACAUUUAUGUCAUAUUGGACUUGUUGGAAUGACACAAUACCAGGACACUGAAACUGAAGCAGAUAAAUGGAAUUCAGCCAUUAUUUUAUUAUUUACAUGUGUGUUUUUGUUCCGGUAAAAAGGCUUGCGUUAAAUCCCUCAUCAACUCAACUCUGCAAUCAUACAACCAUCUCAAGUUGUCCUAUGGCGUGAAUGCUCACAAGUCCUACAAAUGGGAAUUGUUCCCAUCUCUACCGUCCAUCCCAUAUGAUGUGAAUGUGCCCCUCCUUUGGGCAUUUGCCAAAGACAUUGUUGGAAAUGAAGGAAAUCUGGAGCUGUUGCACAAUUCUAUACUUCACAUUAGGUGUAAGCUGGUUUUGAGUACGUAAUGUGUUCACUCUCGAAAGGAGACCAUAUGAAGUCAGUAGUCAUACUCAAAAACUCUUGAUUUUUGUGUGAUGUUGAUGUACGCCAUCGUCCCACAAUGCAAUGCACACCAGUGGAAAUGGAGACACUAUUCACAGGUGGAAAAAUUCUAUUCCAAAGUCACAGUAUGACAUUACUGUUUAAUGUCCUGUUAGUACAAAACAGUAAAGUAUGUUGAAGUUUGUGUAUACUAACGACAUAAACAGCAAAAUGUGAUUAGUGUAAAAAUUCUUCCAUUUUAUGUUUGCCAGCUUUAUUUUACCUAAUGUCUUAGAGUGGAUGGGAAUGAUUAAACGUCUUUUUACCGUAAGUGUUGCAGUAUAGGGGCAUUUGUGGGGAUACAGUGAUUUGUGGCCUAAAAAGAAUGUGGGACAGGGGUGUAAAGUGUGGGGGGCAAGUCAUUCUAGAUACUGUUGGCAGUGCCGUGCCCAAAACUACAGCUGAUGACAAUAAAACCUUUCUGGAAGUGCA